GGGGGUGUCAGUGUGUCGCGCGCAUGCCGGUCAUGGCAACGGUGCGUUCAUGUCCAUGAGGCAGGAAGCGCGAGCUCCUCACGCGGUUUGAAGCGACCCAAGUCGGCGAAAUUAACGAUGGCUGGCGUUUUCGACAUCGAUCUGGACCAGCCAGAGGAAAAUGUCUCCGAUGAUGAGCUGGAGGAGGCUCAGAUCAAUGACCUCAUGGAUCAGUGCAGUGGCUUUGAAUUCAACAUGGACGAUUGUGAGAAGAUUGAGAUAUCGGAGGACAAUGUGAACCAGGGCACCGAGAACAUCCGGCCUGAGUGCUUUGAGCUGCUCCGUGUUUUGGGUAAAGGAGGUUAUGGAAAGGUUUUCCAGGUUCGGAAAGUAAGCGGUGCAGCUUCGGGAAAAAUAUUUGCUAUGAAAGUCUUGAAAAAGGCGAUGAUUGUACGUAAUGCCAAGGACACAGCGCAUACUAAAGCAGAGCGGAACAUCUUGGAGGAAGUCAAGCAUCCUUUCAUAGUCGAUCUGAUCUAUGCCUUUCAGACGGGCGGCAAGCUUUACCUCAUCCUUGAAUACCUAAGUGGUGGGGAGCUUUUCAUGCAGCUCGAGAGAGAGGGGAUUUUCAUGGAGGACACGGCCUGCUUUUACUUGGCUGAAAUCUCAAUGGCUCUCGGACACCUGCAUCAGAAAGGCAUCAUCUACAGAGACCUCAAACCUGAGAACAUCAUGCUCAAUAGCCAAGGACAUGUAAAACUGACUGACUUUGGACUGUGUAAAGAGUCGAUCCAUGACGGCACAGUGACCCACACUUUCUGUGGCACUAUUGAGUACAUGGCUCCAGAGAUCCUCAUGAGAAGCGGACACAAUCGAGCUGUUGACUGGUGGAGUCUUGGAGCUUUGAUGUAUGACAUGUUAACAGGAGCACCACCAUUUACUGGAGAGAACCGGAAGAAAACAAUUGACAAAAUUCUUAAAUGCAAAUUGAACCUCCCACCCUACCUCACACAAGAAGCCAGAGACCUACUCAAAAGGCUACUGAAAAGAAAUGCCUCAUCUAGGCUUGGGGCUGGACCUGGAGAUGCAACAGAAGUACAGACUCAUCCCUUCUUUCGACACGUUAAUUGGGAAGACCUUCUUUCGCGAAAAGUAGAACCACCAUUCAAGCCUUUCUUGCAAUCAGCUGAGGAUGUGAGCCAGUUUGAUUCAAAGUUCACCAGCCAGACCCCCGUUGACAGUCCUGAUGACUCCACACUGAGUGAAAGUGCAAAUCAGGUCUUUUUGGGAUUUACCUAUGUAGCUCCAUCUGUGUUGGAAAACAUAAAGGAGAAGUUCUCAUUUGAGCCAAAAAUUCGUUCACCUCGCCGGUUUUUGGGAAGCCCCAGAACACCUGUCAGCCCAGUUAAGUUCUCAGGAGAUGGUUGGACUCGAGGUCCCACUCUGCCUGAAUCCUCCACCCUCCAGUCUCCUUCAGAACUUGCUAUGGAAGUGUCCACCAUGGAUCAGAUGGAUAUCACAGCCAGUGCCGAGGCCACUGCCCCUCUUCCCAUCAGGCAACCCGCUGGCUCCAACAUGGGCCAGUUUAAACAGCAGGCCUACCCAGUCUUGUCCAAAAGGCCAGAGCAUCUACGUAUGAACCUAUGACCUUUAGUUCAACUUAGAGUUUUUCUUUACUUUCUCUAUUUCUUUUAUAUGGACACUAGGGGAAAAGAAAAGUCCCCAGCAUUACUACCAUCUCCUAUAUACUGUUCUUCACAUCUGAUGAGCAUGAGUACUUCACAGAGUUUGAGAAACUGCUCUAGUUCCUCACAUCCGAAAACCUAAGAGUGCAUUCUUAGAUGAUUUCUUUACAUAUCAGAUGGACUGGGCCUUCUUUUGGAUUAUCAACUUUUUUUACAUGAUUUUACCAUAAAAGGAACAUGGAAUAAAAAAAAAUAAAAAAUUACUUGACACUAUUUGCAAACGUGCAGACGAAUAGAUGCUGCCUACAAGAUGAUCAAGUGAUGUGGAGGAAUUGCUUCCAUGGGAUGCUCUGGGUUUUUAUAGUAUUUCCAAGGGACGCUGAAUGGCUUUCUAGCUGUCAUUGAAUUGUACAAAUCAUUGUGGAUUGAAUGCAUUUGUGGGGAUUCCACCGAGCGGAGGUUUGCAACCUGACAUAAGUCUUAUACAUUUUUAAAUGAGUGUAUCUCACAGUGCUGUAUAGAUGAUGGAUAAAUACACAAGCCUCAAUAAAAACAAAUACAUUGA